AUGUACGGUGAAGAAGUAACUAUGUUCAAAAUAGUGCUUUCAAAUCUAACAAUGAUGAUUAAUACGUUUACAUUUUCCAAAGGACUUAUAAUUUUCUUAGUGUAUUAUCUCACGAUAAUUUCAACAGUAACAAGCAAUACAGAGACAGAAGACGAAAAUGUUAUUAUUGAAAAAAUCAUCACAAUUUUUGGACCAUCCCUCGAAGAUCUCUUAGCCGAAGAUGAUGAUAUGGAAUUUAAUUAUAAGCUAAAGGAUGACAAUGAAGAAAUCCUCACUAAACAACAAAUUGGUCAUAUUAUGGAUUCAAUACAACUGGGAGUAAAAUAUGAAAUGGAAAAAAGAACACAACAAGUACCUGAUUCAUUUCCUGAUGAUUUUCAGGACAUUUCAACGAAGAUAUUUAAUAAUUGGCGUGAUAUUAAUAACAAUAAAAUACAAAAUUUUUCUUAUUCUACAUACGCUCCAUCUACAUUCCAUUAUCUCAGACACUUAUUUGGCAUUGACGCAAAUGAUUAUGUUAACUCGUUUUGUAAAUCGCCUCUUCGUGAACUGUCCAACCCGGGUGCUAGUAGUUCAAUAUUUUACCUCACACCAAACGAUAGAUUCAUCAUGAAAACGGUACAGCAAACCGAAUAUAUAUGUUUACUAGGGUUACUUCAUAGGUACACAACUUAUUUGAAUGAUAAUCAGGAAUCUCUGUUGCCAAAAUUUUCCGGUUUUUAUAAUUUUCAAUGCAAAUCAACAGACAUUAAAUUAGUAUCUAUGAACAAUUUACUACCUUCUGACAUAAAAAUUCACCAAAAAUUUGAUCUGAAAGGUUCGACUCUAGGUAGAAUAGCUUCCGUUAAUGAAAGAAAAAAAAAAUCGCCUACAUAUAAAGAUUUAGAUUUUAAUUACGAAUUUCAUCGUAAGGGUAUAUUUUUGAAGCCAGACACUCGCUUAGCUCUUCUCAAAACUAUAGAAAAUGAUUGUGAAAUACUAAAAGAGUUUAAUAUAAUGGAUUACAGUAUUUUAAUAGGCGUUCAUUACAUCGACAGUUCUUUACAAGCCGAUGAAAAUACUUCAACAACUGAGGCUUUAAGGAAAGCAGCUACAGACAGGUGGGAGAGUUUGAUGGAUGAUUCAGUAGAGGACAAAAGUAUUCAAGCAGAGACUUGGACUUUGUCAGAUAAAAAUCAUGCUUCAUUAAGUGGUAGCAUACCUUCUAAAAGUGUCUAUGGUGAAAAAUUAUUACUAUUUGUUGGAAUUAUUGACAUACUACAAACUUUUCGAAUAAUCAAAAAACUAGAGUAUAGAUUGAAAACAUUUAAAUUGAAGGUUACACCUGGUGCGACAGAAACUGCCGAAUCUAUAUCUGUACAACCACCCGUAUUCUAUGCCUCUCGAUUUCUUAAAUAUAUGACCGAUACUGUGUUCAGGCCAAUGUUGUCUGAUCAAGAACUUGAAAAACUAUCCAAGCAACCAGUCCCCAUGAAAUUGUCGAGUAAACGAGGGUGUGCUCCAUCCUCUUCGAUGUAUAUCCCAGACUGUUUCAAAUAA